AUGCCGUCAGCAAUUCCCAAGCCCCCCGGGGUCUUCCUCCUCGGAAACCUUUUCGACGUGAAUUCUGGCAACCCCUGGAUGUCAUUCAACAAACUCUCGACCAAGUAUCGUCCCAUUUGUAAAGUCACUAUCCUCGGCCACGACAUUGUUCUGGUAACCGGCGCCGCUCUCCUGGAAGAAAUCUGCGACGAGAAGCGCUUUCGAAAAUGUGUCAACGGGCCCAUUGUCGAGAUUCGACAGGCGGUCCACUCGAGUCUGUUCACAGCCUACGAAAAGGAAAUGGCAAUUUGGGGGGUCGCCCAUCGCAUCAUGGCGCCCCUUGUCACCCCGGAAGCCGUCGCACAAGUCUUCACCGACAUGCGCGAGGUAUCGACCGAUCUGAUCCGGAAGUGGACAGCCGGACCGCGCCAGCGUGUUAAUGUCACCAACGAUCUAGAUCGUCUUAACCAUGCCGCGAACAUGCUGUGCUUCUUCGACCAGCGUCUGCAUUGUCUAGAAGGCCCAGAGCCGUCGCUCAUCAAGGCGAUGGAGAACGCUACCACCGAAGCCGUCCGGCGCCCUAGUCGUCCAAAGCUUCUCAACUGGCUCUUCUACCAGCGCAAGUUCGAUGGUUACAACAAAGCUUUGCGUGAUUAUUCCGCCGACUGUAUCGCCCAUCGGCGCGCGAAUCCGUCCGCCAAGAAAGAUAUGCUUCACGCGAUCAUUGAGGGCAAGGAUCCAGAAACUGGACAAGGACUGGACAAGGUUCAACAGAUCGACGAAGUGAUCAACGUCUUUAUCGGUAGCGCAACGGCACCAAACCUUGUUGCAUUCACCCUUUACUAUCUUAUGAAGAGCCCCAAGGAGAUUGCGCGCGCCCGGGAAGAACUAGAUGCUGUCGUUGGAGGACCUGGUGCCCAGAUCGAACACGAGCAUCUUGCAAACCUCCCCUAUUGCACUGCGAUUCUCCGAGAAGCCAUGCGUCUCGCGCCUCCGGCCCCUGGCUUCAACAUCGAAGCCAUUCCAUCCGAGGAAGGCCCUGUCUACCUCGCUGGAGGAGAGUACGAAAUUCCGCGUGAUCAACCCCUCAUCGCGAUCCUGUAUGGUGUGAACCGCGACCCGGCCAUCUUCGAGGAUCCCGAUGCGUUCAAGCCCGAGCGCAUGGUCGGGGAGAAGUACGACCGGUUGCCGGCGAGUGUCAAGAAAGGAUUCGGUAACGGCAAGCGUCACUGUAUUGGACAGCAGUAUGCGUGGGAAUGGUCGUUCUUCACGCUGGUCAGCAUCCUCAAGGACGUGGAGUUCGAGUUGGCCGAUAAGAAAUAUGUGACCGACCCGACGACCGAGAACUACAAUGGCGCGUUUACCGUCAAGCCUCUGGGGCUUUUCGCUGUCACCGGGCCCCGACCCCGAGCGGGUUAA